GAUCUCGGACGGUGCAACACAUCUGCGCUGCACAACGCCAAGUUACACAGCUCGGGUAAACGUGAUAUCCUCGUCGCUAAACGGCUCUCCGAAUCCCAGUUCGUCGUUGAUUUCCCUCUGCAAAGAACAAUGUGGAAGAGGUGGAAGUUCUGCUACAUUUUGCUACAUCUGUGCGUGGGAGCGUGGGGUCAGAAAACCGCCCUUGAUACGCCAUUUAACAUCAGAUUCCUUCGCGCCUUUCGGAAUUGGAGUUUUAACGCUUUUGGUAAAACAGGAACAGAGGAAAGAUUCCUGCAAAUCGCAAAAGAAGCAAACAAAAUACAAAAAACCGUUCCCGACCAUAUUCCGUUUCCUUGCAAUGUUACAGGUAGUCGAUCGCCCGAGGUGCCGAAUUCAGUGCAUAAAUUAAGACCGGGUGACAUUGAUGUCAUUGCCGCGAUGGGCGACUCGCUUACAGCUGGAGCCGGAGUUUUCGCAAGCAAUGUAUUACAAAUUUUAAUAGAAAAUAGAGGAGUUUCUGCGACAGGAGGAGGUCAAGGCACAUGGAGGCAAUAUCUAACUCUUCCUAAUAUAAUCAAGGAAUUCAACCCCAAUUUGAUAGGAUAUGCUUUGGGAGAUUCUUUGGCGUCUCACGAAGCAUCGCAGUUGAACGUCGCUGAAUCCGGUGCUUGGUCCCAGGAUAUGCCUUACAUGGCGGAAAUACUCGUCAAAAGAAUUAAAAGAGAUCGGAGGAUAGAUCUGCAGAAACAUUGGAAGUUCAUUUCACUGAUGAUCGGAAGUAAUGACUUUUGUACUGAACUAUGUUGGGUUCCGUCACCUUGGUCAGUUCUUGAAAAGCACAAAGCUGAUUUACUGCAGGUGUUGCGGACACUGAGAGAUAAUUUGCCGCGAACUUUCGUGGCGUUGAUUCCACCACCACAUUUGAAAGCUCUGCUCAAGGCUGCUAAGGACAGAAGAUCGCUCUCAUGUUUCCUCACAACGGAUUUGGAAUGCUCUUGUCUGUUUGGUCUUGCAUUUCAAAAAUCUAUACCGUUAUAUUAUGAAAUUAUGACACGAUGGCAGCAGAUAGACAUAGAAAUUGCUGCUCUCCCAGAAUUCCAGAGAGACGAUUUUGCAGUUGUAGCCCAACCUAUCCUGUUGGAAGCAUUCAUACCACUUGCUUCAGAUGGAUAUAGUGAUAUGACAUAUCUAAGUAGUGAUUGUUUCCACGUUAGUCAAAAGGCCAACGCUCUAUAUGCAAACGGAAUAUGGAACAAUUUGUUGGAGCCAGUGGGUUCUAAAAAGACGAAAUGGUCCAAUUUGUUCGAAUCAUUUCACUGUCCGACGUCGGAGAGACCCUAUCUGACUACAAUCUUAAAUUCAAAAUAAUAGAAUCUUUAGCAAAACUAGUUGCUCUCGUGAGAAAUAUCGGUACUUAAUAAAGGAAAUAAUAUUGUUCCAGAUUA